AUGAGAGACUUUUAUCCACAGUCAAAAGCUUCAAGGUUAAAGAAUCAAAUCCAACAGUUCAGACAAUUGCCUUCUGAAUCUUUGUAUGAGGCAUGGAAGAGUGCUUAUUGGUACAGUGAGAGGUCUACUCAGAAGCUAGGGGUUGGGAUCUAUGAGAUUUAUCAAGCUUCUGCUUUGGCUGCCAAGUUAGAUUCGGUGGUGCACAUGGUUCAAAAGCUUGCUCAGAAUCAGACUCAACCACCGGCAGUCACUACUCCUCCGGCCACUACUCAUGCGCCAGUUCCUAUUUUUGCGCCACCACCGGUACUACCCUAUCAUGCUUAUGCUUCCUCUACUUGUUGUGAGAUUUGUGGUGGUGGUCAUGAUUCAGUUGAUUGUUAUAUUCUUGAGGCCGGUUCACAGGGUACACAUGGUGCUAUGGUAGAACACGUUGAUCAUGUUGAUUAUGGGAGAUCUUCGGGGCCAUAUCAAAGGAGUUCCCCACAUCAAGGCAAUACUCAUCCUGGUUUUUCUUGGAGCAACCCAUCAAGGACUGCUAAUCCUACAGGUGUUGCUAGAGGACCAACUCCCGGGUUUCAAGGUCAACAAGGUUACAAAGGGAAUUAUCAAGGGACUCAACAACAGUGGAGACCGAAUCAAGGAUAUCAUGGUCAAUCAAGUUAUCAAGGCCAUCAAGGAGGACCUAGCCAAUUUGGGUAUUAUAGAAAUCAAUCUCACCCACCAAGAGCUACAGUUGAGGCACCCAAGGGGCGGAGUUUGGAGGAUUUGUUUCAAGCUAUUCAAAAUUUGAAUGCCAAAGUUAACCAAGUGGCCGCGCAUAACAAGAUGCUUGAGAGUCAAAUUGCAAAUCAAGCUUCACCAUCAAGUAACAAGGCUAUUGACAAGCUACCGGCAUACUCCAAAAAUCCUAGGGAGCAAGUCAAUGCUAUCACUACUAGAAGUGGAAAACAACUUCAAGACCCACCAUUAGUAGUUGAAAAUAGACUUGAUGAAGUGUUGAAAGACAAAGAGCCUAAUGAGGAUAAGCUUGUAGAAAAUCAAGAUUUUGAGGGUAGUGGAUCCCAAAAAGGUGGUGAUGAUAAAAAUAAAGAGGUUGAGAAAUAUAUUCCUCCAUUGUCGUUUCCACGACGCUUGAGGAAAGUGAAUAUGGAUGAGAGAAAAAUGAAAUUCUUUAAUUUGAUCAAGCAAUUGAAUAUCUCCAUCCCCCUUCUUGAUGCUUUGACUCAAAUUCUAUCUUAUGCAAAGUUCUUGAAGGAUGUUCUAUCCAACAAAAGGAAGUUUGAAUAA